AUGAGGAUAUUUUUAUUAAAAACUUUGUCGAAUUCUCUUAGAAAACAAUGUUAUUCUACAAGAAAUGUGAAAAAAGUUACGCAUUGCAUCUUCGACAUGGACGGUUUACUUUUAGACACCGAGCAAGUUUAUAAGAAGAUGAUAACACAACUUUGUGCUAAGUACGGACAUGUAUAUACAGAGGAAUUAAUGAUGAAAGUUUUAGGAGGAACUGAGCAGAGGUUGUCGGAAAUACUAUGCAAGGAUUUAAAUUUGCCCGUAACUCCUAAAGAAUUUCGUGACGAGUUGUUAGAAAUGGGAGAUAAAAUGCUGGCGGGAACUCCAAUGUUAGAUGGUGCCGAAAGAUUGAUAUGCCAUCUUCAUAACACAAAAGUGCCGUUUGCUUUAGCAACAUCAUCCAGUGAAAGAUCGGUAAAGACUAAAAUAGCUCCAUAUAAGGAACUCUUCAGCUACUUCAAUCACAUGGUUAUGGGCAGUACAGAUAAGGAAGUCAAAUUUGGCAAACCCCAUCCUGAUAUAUUCCUUGUUGCUGCAUCACGUUUCCCCGACAAGCCGAAACCGGAAAAGUGUUUAGUAUUUGAAGAUUCUCCUCAUGGGGUCACAGCGGGAGUUAAGGCAGGCAUGCAAGUGGUCAUGGUACCAGAUCCUCACUUGGACAAAAGACUGACGACCCACGCUACUAUAGUUCUGCCUACUUUAGCAAAGUUCCAACCAGAAAUGUUUGGUCUACCGCCAUUUCAGUGA